ACUUCAGUAGUGUUUAAUAAACCUUGAAUGAAUCAUGUCUAACAACAUAACAAAUAGUGUAAUUUCCGGUUAUUGUUACCAACUACAAUUAAAGUAUCGGAUAACUUCAGUGACAUUCAGGAGUUUAAGGCAUAAUAUGGCUCGUUUUAAAGGUUGGAGAUAUGGAAUUUUUGUGGGAAGUUUUGUAGGAGUGAUUGGAUUAUAUCUUUAUUCUAUAUUAAUUCACCCUAUGAUGAAUAUUAAUCAUUACAAGGCAAUAAGAGAACAUGCCAAAACACAACUUCCUCGUGAUAAAGUCAUUUAAUAAAUCGAAUUUAUUGAAUGCUUUAUCUAAAAUUAAGUAAAAUAUAAUAUUAUCUUACAUAAUAACCAAUGAAAUAAUUAAAUUAUAUAAUAUAGAGUAUUGAUAAUAAAAGCAUCUUAGAAA